AUGAGACUUCAAGAUCAGCCCGAUAAACUACCUAUCGAGAAUUCCGAUAAAAUAGUUCGACGCGGAAAGGGGAAGAUAGAAAAACGACAUGGAAAAUUGCUACCAAAUACCCCAAAGUAUCAAUUUUUGCAAAAGUUACUAGAACCCGUGCAUGGUGUGGGUUAUUUCCCGUUUCGUGAGAACGACGAGGUUGUAAAACCGGAAGAUGCUCGCCCCAACUCUGUUAUGAUUUUCGACCAUGUGGCCUGUGGAAAGCAACAUAAUAUCAGAGCAUACUUCAGCAUGGGCAGGCAUCGCGAUAUCGAUAGCUUUUAUCUAAGUCAAACGUAUGCGCGCAUUCCAAAACACCUAGUGCGCGACAAUGCAAACUUAUUGGUGCUAUUUCGACAGGAUGAUAUGAAUCUGAAACACAUCUACAACGAUCAUGUGAACACAGACAUGACGUAUCAGCAAUUUAAAGACUUGUGCUCGGCAUGCUGGAAUGAUGACAAAUACAGUUUUACCUUUCAUUGCAACAAUCAGUCCGGCAACAUGGAGAGUGCCAAGAUUGGUAAACAUAGCGAUACAUUGAGUGAAAUAUCGAAAGCAUGCGAUGUCAUACAUCGGAAGCACAAGAUGCUCAAGUUGAACAAGGACACGACCGAACAAGUUGUGGGAGAGGAUGAGGAUAUGGAUGAUGGGAAUUUCAUGGAUGCAAAUGAUAAAACACUGAAGUUUGGUGAAAUUUCUACUACAAGUACGCCGGUGAUGAAAACAACGGAUUCCAUGGCGCGAUAUUUGAAAAUGUUCAGCACAAGCAAAAACAGGGAUUUGGAUACCACAUACGGUGUUCGAAAGUUGACAAACGGUAUGAUGAUUGGUGAUACGCCGAUCAAUUUCAUUGAUAAUCUGGUCAAUCAGCAGCAACAACAAGCAGCAGCAAAAAUAAGAAGCAGCAACAGCAAGAACAAGCAGCAGCAACGAAAAGAAGCAGCAGAAACAAGCAGCAGCGACAACAAGCAGCAACAACAAGCAGCAGCAACAACAAGCAGCGGAAACAACAAGCAGCGGCAACAACAAGCAGCGGCAACAACAAACAGCGGCAACAACAAGCAGCGGCAACAACAAGCAGCGCCAAUAGCAAGCAGCAGCAACAACAAGCGGCCGCAACAACAAGCAGCGGCGACAGAAAGCAGCAGCAAGAAUAAGAAGCAGCAACAGCGACAUCAAGCAGCAGCAACAAAAAGCAGCAAAAAAAGGAAGCAUCAGCAGCAGCGACAACAAGCAGCUGCGUCAACAAGCAGCGGCAACAACCAGCAGCCGCAACAACAAGCAGCGGCGACAACAAGUAAUGACAACAACAAGCGGCGGCAACAACAAGCAGCAGCGACAACAAACAGCGGGCACAACAAGCAGCGGCAACAACAAGCAGCAGCAACAACGAGCAGCGCAGCGAUGUCAAGCAGCAGCAUGAACAGCAAGCAGCUGCAGCAGCAACGAGAAGCAAAAGCAACGACAAGCAGCAGCAACAUCAAGCACCAGCAACAACAAGCAGCAGCAACAACACGCAUCACCAACAACAAGCAGCAGCAGCAACAACAAGCAGCAGCAGAGGCAGAAAGCAGCUGCAGCAGCAACAAAAAGCAAAAGCAACAACAAGCAGCAGCAACACCAAGCAGCAGCGACAACAAGCAGCAAAGCGACAACAAGCAGCAGCCACAACAGGCAGAAGCAACAACAAGCAGCAGUUACAACAAGCAACAGCAACAACAAGCAGCAGCAACGACAAACAGCGGCAAUAACAAGCAGCAAAAACAACAAGCAGCAGCAAAAAAGAGCAAAAGCUACAACAAGCCGCAGCAACAACAACAAAAGCAACAACAAGCAGCUGCAACAACAAACAAAAGCGACAACAAGCAUGAGCAACAACAAGCAGUAGCAAUAACAAGUAAAAGCGACAACAAGCAGCAGCCACAACAAGCAAAAGCAACAAGAAGGAGCAGCAACGACGAGCAGCAGCAGCAACAAACAGCGACAACAACAAGCAGCGAAGCAACAACAAGCAGCAGUCACAACGAGCAGAAGCAACAACAAGCAGCAGUUACAACAUGCAACAGCAACAACAAGCAGCAGCAACAACAAACAGCGACAAUAACAAGCAGCGAAAACAACAAGCAGCAGCAAAAAAGAGCAAAAGGAACAACAAGCCGCAGCAACAACAAGCAAGAGCAACAACAAGCAGCAGCAACAACAAGCUGCAGCAAAAACAAGCAGCAGCAACGACGAGCAGCAGCAGCAACAAACAGCGACAACAACAAGCAGCGAAGCGACAACAAGCAGCAGCCACAACAAGCAGAAGCAACAACAAGCAGCAGUUACAACAAGCAACAGCAACAACAAGCAGCAGCAACGACAAACAGCGGCAAUAACAAGCAGCAAAAACAACAAGCAGCAGCAAAAAAGAGCAAAAGCUACAACAAGCCGCAGCAACAACAACAACACGAAGGAGCAGCUACAACUAGCAGCUGCAGCAGCAACAAAAAGCGAAAGCAACAACAAGCAGUGGCAACAACAUGCAGCGGCAACAACAAGCAGCUGCAGCAGCAACAAAAAGCGAAGGCAACGACAAGCAGCAGCAGCAACAACAAGCGACAGCAAAAUGAAGCAAAAGCAACAACAAGCAGCAGCAACAACAGCCAAAAGCAGCAACAAGCAAAGGCAUCAACAAGCAGCAGCAACAACAAGCCGCUAAAGCAGCAACAGAAAGCCAAAGCAACAACAAGCAGCACAGCGACAACAAGCAGCAGCUGUAACAACAAGCAACGUCAACAACAAGCAGUAGCAGCAAAAAGCAGCGGCAACAACAAGCAGCUGCAGCAGCGACAAAAAGCAGAAGCAUCAACAAGCAGCAGCAACAACAAGCAGCAGCAGAGGCAGCAAGCAGCUGCAGCAGCAACAAAAAGCAAAAGCAACAACAAGCAGCCGAAACAACAAGCGAAAGCAAUGACGAGCAGCAGCAACAACAAGCAGCAACAACAACAGGCAAAAGCAACGAAAAGCAAAAGCGACAACAAGCAGCAGCAACAACAAGCAGCGGCAACAAAAGGUAGCAGCAUUAAGAAGCAGCAGCAACAACAAGCAGCAGCAACAACAAGCUGCGAAAACAACAAGCAGCGGCAACAACAAGCAGCGGCAACAACAAGCAGCGGCAACAAAAGCGGCAACAACAAGCAGCUGCAGCAGCGACAAAAAGCAGAAGCAUCAACAAGCAGCAGCAACAACAAGCAGCAGCAGAGGCAGCAAGCAGCUGCAGCAGCAACAAAAAGCGAAAUCAACAACAAGCAGCAGCAACAUCAAGCAGCAGCGCCGACGAGCAGCAGCAACAACAAGCAGCAUAGCAACAACAAGCAGCAGCGGCGAAAAGCAUCCGCGACAACAAGCAGCUGCAGCAGCAACAACAAGCAGCAGCAAAAACAAGCAGCAGCAACACCGAGCAGCAGCGACAACAAGCAGCAGCAACAACAAGCUGCAGCAAAAACAAGCAGCAGCAACGACGAGCAGCAGCAGCAACAAACAGCGACAACAACAAGCAGCGGCAACAACAAGCAUCAAAGCAACAACAAGCAGCAGUUACAACAUGCAACAGCAACAACAAGCAGCAGUUACAACAUGCAACAGCAACAACAAGCAGCAGCAACAACAAACAGCGACAAUAACAAGCAGCGAAAACAACAAGCAGCACAAAAGCAACAACAAGCAGCUGCAACAACAAGCAAAAGCGACAACAAGCAUGAGCAACAACAAGCAGUAGCAAUAACAAGUGAAAGCGACAACAAGCAGCAGCCACAACAAGCAAAAGCAACAAAAAGCAGCAGCAACACUAAGCAUCAGCAACAACAAGUGGCAGCAGCAAAAAGCAUCGGCGACAACAAGCAGCUGCAGCAGCAACAACGAGCAGUAGCAACAACAAGCAGCGGCAGCAAAAAGCAGCGGCAACUACGAGCAGCUGCAGCAGCGACAAAAAGCGAAGGCAACGACAAGCAGCAGCAGCAACAACAAGCGACAGCAAAAUGA